CAAUAACUCAAUCCAAUAUACUUCUUUUAUGGAGAAAAUUCUCUUUUUUUAAUUGUGAUUAUAAUUAAGGUUAAUUAUUUAUAUCUUACUUUUUAUUGUGUUUGAUGAUAACUUUAAGUUCAGAUGACUAUUUGUUUAUUAAUUGUCUAGACUUUUUUACUUGGAUUGCUCAAGAGUCAAAAAGAGAAGUAGUGAAACCCGUCAACAUCAAAAUUGUUUUCAAAUGCAAUCUCAAAUGAGAAUAUCUUCAGCAUCUUCGAGUGUAACUGGAGGUGCCUCUGGCUCUCUCAUGGUUGGACCUAAUUUCAAAGUGGGCAAAAAAAUUGGCUCCGGUAAUUUUGGUGAACUUAGACUAGGUAAAAAUUUGUACACUGGCGAACAUGUAGCCAUUAAAUUGGAAGCAAUGAAAACCAAAGCUCCACAAUUACAUUUGGAAUAUAGAUUUUACAAACUUCUUGGCAAUUGUGAGGGCAUUCCUAAAAUAUAUUACUUUGGACCUUGUGGUAAAUUUAAUGCCUUGGUUAUGGAAUUAUUGGGUCCAAGCUUAGAGGAUCUCUUUGAUCUAUGUGAACGUCGUUUCUCAGUUAAAACAGUCAUUCAGAUAGCACUUCAAUUGUUUAAUAGGAUAGAAUAUGUUCAUUCCAAACAUCUCAUUUAUCGAGACGUCAAACCUGAAAAUUUUCUAUUGGGGAGGCCGAACUCCAAGAAAACAGUAAUCCAUAUGAUAGAUUUUGGCCUAGCUAAGGAGUACAUCGAUCCAGAGACAAAUAAGCAUAUUCCUUAUCGAGAGCAUAAAAGUUUAACCGGCACUGCCAGAUACAUGAGUAUCAACACACAUCUUGGCAAAGAACAAAGCCGUAGAGAUGACUUGGAAGCUCUUGGGCAUAUGUUCAUGUAUUUCCUUCGGGGAAGUUUGCCCUGGCAAGGAUUAAAAGCAGAUACUCUUAAAGAAAGAUAUCAAAAGAUUGGGGACACAAAACGAGCUACUCCGAUUGAAAUUUUAUGUGAAGGAUUCCCAGAAGAGUUUGCUACAUACUUACGUUAUGUUCGUCGAUUGGACUUCUUUGAAACCCCAGAUUACGAAUAUCUUAAAAAAUUAUUUAUCGAUCUAUUUCACCGAGAGGGAUUCUCACAUGAUGGUGUAUUUGAUUGGUACUCAGUAAAUCAACAAUGGGCGGAUGGCGAUAAAAGUGUAGAUUCAGAUAGAUUUAAAAUAAGAGAGAGAAAUGAAAGAAUUGAAAAGGAUUACCAUAAAAAUAUAGGACCUAUGAAAGAAUACUUGACCCCAGCCGAUAGACAUGGCUCAGUGCAAGUUGUUAGCUCAACUAACGGAGAAUUAACUAAUGAUGAUCCAGGAACCGGUCAUUCUAAAUCUAGAGUCCAAGAUCCUGCUGAAGUGGAGGUUGUAUCCGAAACGAAAUGUUGCUGUUUUUACAAAAAGAAAAAGAAGAAAGCUUCUCGACCCAAAGAUUAAUUAAUGGUAUAUUUCAGCUUCAUCGAUCCUAAGCUGGAAUGAAUCUGUUUCCAUAAAAUUCCUCUCGGACUUUAUAUCUGCAUGACGACUUAAAGCUCUCUUUCUCUUUCUAUAUAUAUCUAUCUCUCUUUCUCUCACAAUCAUUGAAUUUUCUCUUACUUUCGUCACUGUCCAUCUUCACCAUCCUAUUUACCAUCCUUUUCAUCUUUUCAUUCUUAUCUUCCUUUAUAUCAAAUUCUACUCCGAGAAAUGAAAACAGGAUACAGCAACGGACCAAAAUCGAAACCCUUCAUUGUCCACUUAGAUCGAGCAUUUUUCUGUAAAUUUUGAAAGCAAAGUUCCAACAGGAUAGCUCAUAACAUCCUAACAUAAAUCAAUGCAACGAAAUGCUUGGAGUGAAAUGAUCUAAGCGAAUUAACAACUUUGAUAAAUGCUUGCAUUUGUCUGGACUAUUCUUAACGGAGCAUCAGAUCAUGUUGAGUUGUCUAUGUAUAAGUACAAUUUACUGGCUCUGGUAUCAGGCAGAUUCAUCGUUUUUCAAUAAAAAUUAAUUGUCUGAGCGAUAGCAAAGACUUUAUCAUGACCAAGAUAACUCAUUUUGCUCAUUCUGGAUGGUUUAACAUUUCACGUUCCUGUGCAUCGGAUGUUGGAUUUUCUGGAUAAAUCAAAUCUUUUAUCAGAAUAUUAGCUCAUCAAAUUGGUUGAAUUUGUUCAAAAUUUGCAGUUUCUAUCUUUUAGCUCAACCCCAUGGAAUCACAAUGUUCAAUGCUCAUGGAUACAAACCUUUAACCUUUACAGACACUUGAGUUUAGACUUUUAUCCAUUACCUAGACCAAAAAAUUUUUUAAGUUAUCGUGAUUCUUAUUCUCGUUAUCAGACGCUCAACGGAUCAGUUAAUCAUAAACCGUACUUUUGAUAUUUGCACAGUCUUUUAUCGGAUCUCAAAGUGGUUUAUAAAUAGAAUGCGAAAGUUCUAUUGUUCUACCUGAGUUUCAGUGCUGGUCAACAGUUAAUUAGAGUUGAUGAUACAGUUGUACUAAAAUCUGUGAUUAAAAAGUAAAUUUGAAAAUUA